CAAUCUCUCUCUUUGUCUCAUGAGUGUUCUCUCUCGCAUCAGAAACAGCAGAGAAGUCAAACCAAAAUCCCCAGAAUCCAACAUGAAAAUCACUAACAAAAACACCAAACUCAUUCUUCUUCAUUCUUCCAUUCACAAGUACACUUCUGCCCACAGCAAAUAUCGCUUAUGCCUUCUCUUCUUCCUCACAUUCUUUGCCUUACUCUACACCCUCACCAUCCUCAUCGCCGCAGCCGCCGCCGCUACAACCACCGUCUCAUCCGCCGCCGCCUCCGUGCCGCCACUCCCAGCCGCCGUAAUCAAAGCUCUUAUUCACUACGCCGGCGCAUCUUCCACCAAUGUCACCACUGAAGCUCAUCCAAUGUCCACCGCCGAGCUCUCCGCCGUCGCAGAUACUCUGCUUCGGAUCCCUAAUCCCAAUUUCCUUGUCUUCGGUCUCAACCACGACUCCCUCCUCUGGUUCGCUCUCAACCACCACGGCCGCACCGUGUUGCUCGACGAGAAUGAAUAUAGGAUCGCCGAGUUUGAGAAGUCCAAUCCCGGAGUGGAAGCCUACGACGUUCAGUUCACCACCGAGAUGCGCGAGCAUGCGAAGCUGCUAAUGCAGGCCAGAACGGAGUUCAAGAGCGAUUGUAGGCCGGUUCAGAAUCUCUUGUUCUCGGAAUGCAAGCUCGGAAUCAACGAUUUGCCGAAUCAUUUAUACGAAAUCCCUUGGGAUGUGAUAUUGCUGGACGGCCCGCGAGGGUACUCCCCGACGGCGCCAGGGAGGAUGUCUGCGAUUUUCACUGCGGCGGUGCUUGCUCGGAGCAAGAACGCCGGCAAUGGAAAGAGGAACACUCAUGUUUUCGUGCAUGAUUUGAACAGAGAGGUGGAGAGGAUUUUCAGCGACGAGUUUCUCUGCCAGGAGAAUUUGGUGGAGAAUGUGGAUUCGUUAGGGCAUUUCGUGGUUACAAGUGAAACUGAGAGUGAAGCAAUUUCAGAAUUUUGUUCGAAUCCGAGAUCCGCAUUAUCAUAGAAGACGGAUAAUCAAAAAUCAAGUCUGGACUUUUUUUUUUUUGGCCAAAAACCAAGUCUGAAGUAUUGGAACCUUCAAAAAUUACUUUUUUCUUUGGCCUUUACUUUCUUAUGAAGGUAAUAGCAAGAAGUGUGAUUAAAAGUGAUAAAUUAGAUCAAUGAAGGAAGAAUCAAACUUUGGAACUUUAGGUGUUUUUCUGCGUUACUGAG